AUGCUGCUAUGCCGGAGGUCAUGGUCCGGUCGAGGCGGCCUACCUGGCGGCCCGCGCGAGCUCCAGCCGGAGGUGACCGGUGACAGUGAGUGGGAGAGCGAGCAGUACCUGGCGACUGCGGCGACGGCCCCGCCCGGCGCGCAGAGGGAGACGCCGGCGGCGCCGUCGGCGGCGGGCCCGCGCGAGCUCCAGCUGGAGGUGACCGGUGACAGUGAGUGGGAGAGCGAGCAGUACCUGGCGACUGCGGCGACGGCCCCGCCCGGCGCGCAGACGGAGACGCCGGCGGCGCCGUCGGCGGCGGGCCCGCGCGAGCUCCAGCUGGAGGUGACCGGUGACAGUGAGUGGGAGAGCGAGCAGUACCUGGCGACUGCGGCGACGGCCCCGCCCGGCGCGCAGACGGAGACGCCGGCGGCGCCGUCGGCGGCGGGCCCGCGCGAGCUCCAGCUGGAGGUGACCGGUGACAGUGAGUGGGAGAGCGAGCAGUACCUGGCGACUGCGGCGACGGCCCCGCCCGGCGCGCAGACGGAGACGCCGGCGGCGCCGUCGGCGGCGGGCCCGCGCGAGCUCCAGCUGGAGGUGACCGGUGACAGUGAGUGGGAGAGCGAGCAGUACCUGGCGACUGCGGCGACGGCCCCGCCCGGCGCGCAGACGGAGACGCCGGCGGCGCCGUCGGCGGCGGGCCCGCGCGAGCUCCAGCUGGAGGUGACCGGUGACAGUGAGUGGGAGAGCGAGCAGUACCUGGCGACUGCGGCGACGGCCCCGCCCGGCGCGCAGACGGAGACGCCGGCGGCGCCGUCGGCGGCGGGCCCGCGCGAGCUCCAGCUGGAGGUGACCGGUGACAGUGAGUGGGAGAGCGAGCAGUACCUGGCGACUGCGGCGACGGCCCCGCCCGGCGCGCAGACGGAGACGCCGGCGGCGCCGUCGGCGGCGGGCCCGCGCGAGCUCCAGCUGGAGGUGACCGGUGACAGUGAGUGGGAGAGCGAGCAGUACCUGGCGACUGCGGCGACGGCCCCGCCCGGCGCGCAGACGGAGACGCCGGCGGCGCCGUCGGCGGCGGGCCCGCGCGAGCUCCAGCUGGAGGUGACCGGUGACAGUGAGUGGGAGAGCGAGCAGUACCUGGCGACUGCGGCGACGGCCCCGCCCGGCGCGCAGACGGAGACGCCGGCGGCGCCGUCGGCGGCGGGCCCGCGCGAGCUCCAGCUGGAGGUGACCGGUGACAGUGAGUGGGAGAGCGAGCAGUACCUGGCGACUGCGGCGACGGCCCCGCCCGGCGCGCAGACGGAGACGCCGGCGGCGCCGUCGGCGGCGGGCCCGCGCGAGCUCCAGCUGGAGGUGACCGGUGACAGUGAGUGGGAGAGCGAGCAGUACCUGGCGACUGCGGCGACGGCCCCGCCCGGCGCGCAGACGGAGACGCCGGCGGCGCCGUCGGCGGCGGGCCCGCGCGAGCUCCAGCUGGAGGUGACCGGUGACAGUGAGUGGGAGAGCGAGCAGUACCUGGCGACUGCGGCGACGGCCCCGCCCGGCGCGCAGACGGAGACGCCGGCGGCGCCGUCGGCGGCGGGCCCGCGCGAGCUCCAGCUGGAGGUGACCGGUGACAGUGAGUGGGAGAGCGAGCAGUACCUGGCGACUGCGGCGACGGCCCCGCCCGGCGCGCAGACGGAGACGCCGGCGGCGCCGUCGGCGGCGGGCCCGCGCGAGCUCCAGCUGGAGGUGACCGGUGACAGUGAGUGGGAGAGCGAGCAGUACCUGGCGACUGCGGCGACGGCCCCGCCCGGCGCGCAGACGGAGACGCCGGCGGCGCCGUCGGCGGCGGGCCCGCGCGAGCUCCAGCUGAAGGCGCCGCCGCACACGCGCGCGCGCAUGGAGUACGCCGCAGACAUCAUCUCCGGCGACACGUACGCGCCCACGCCUGCACCGCCACGUACAUUUUCAAUUGUUAAGUAA